AACAAUUAAAGGGCCCAAAGGAUUUCCCCACAAGAUGUUGCACUCAUGCUGUUAUUUACCUGGUUGCUUGGAAGAAAGCGAAUUCAAGCAAGUUUGCGUAUUCCGAUGAGUUGUUCUGUUACAUCUAUUUCAAGGCCUAAAAUGUAAACAUGGAAGCUGAUGAUAAUCACUGCUCCUCAAACUCGAACACUACCAAAAUGGAGACAUCCAUGGCCGUCAUCGCACAAGACAAGCCCUCCACGCGAGAUUGGACUCGUAUUCCAUUUUCUCUUCUACAAGAUAUCUCAAAACGUUUACCUAAUACUCAUGAAACUCUUGUUUUUGGCACAAUAUGUAAACCAUUCCUUCGUUCAAUUUCAAAACCAGCCAAAACGCUACACAGAUAUACCUCUCUUGUGAUUCCUGCGCCUGUUGACUAUGAUCCUUCCAAAUAUUGUGGCCAAAAGCUUCCUUACUUUUCGAUCAUACCGUCCACAGUUUACGCACUCCAACCCCGUGGCAAAAACCUUGAAUAUACAAAGCCCUGGCUCGUUAGAGUCAUUGAGUCGUUUGAAAACGGAAAGGUCGUGCUGAAGGAUACUUCAUGUAUGUUUCAGUACACGGAAUUGCCCACGAAAGACUUCCCCCGGCGAUUGAAUUUGCUGGAUUAUCAACUGAGAGUAGUAUCGAAGGCUUACGAGCUUGAUCUCACUAUUUCUGAUCGUGAAGACAGAAGAAUAAAAGAUAAGUUUGCAUCAGUAAAGCGUUUCUUUGUUCGAAAACUAAUUGUUACUCCGACUCUCGAGGAUGUUGAUGAAAAGGCUUUUGUCAAGGGUGAUUAUAAGUUCGCUGCUAUGGCCCUUGAAGGAGCUGGAAGUUUGCACGUUUGGAGGCUUGGAGACGACCGUUGGACUGUUAUAACGUGUGAAGGAAUCUCUUCCUUUGAAGAUAUUUUCUAUUACAAGGAGAAAUUCUUUGUUUUGAGCCACAUGGGUUUAGCUUUUACAGUAGAUCCACAAACUCUAUGUGUUACUAGGCUUGCUGGUCCAAAACCGAACAUGGCUGCCGGGGUUAAAUUCUUCUUGGUAUUCUGUGAAGACUUGUUUAUGAUUAUUAAGUAUUGGACACAUAACUACCCAAAACCUGAAAAAAAUUCUGGUGCGAUUCACUACCCGAUAUACAUGGAGGCUUUUAAGCUGGACGAAGCUAACAACCAGUGGGUAGAGCUGGAGAAAGAGUUUGAAGAUCGAGUUGUUUUCGUAGGCGAUGGCGGUUCCUUCACACUUUUAGCCGACGAGGUCCCUGGAUUUGAAGGUAAUUGUGUUGUUCUAGGUGAUGUUACGUUUUCUGGAAAUUCUAUGGAUCAUCCGGGGUACAACGCUGGUGUUUACAACUUGAAGAAUCAUACUUGUAUGGCUAUCCGGGAUCAUCCAAACUGUUCUGAUUUGUUUUGGCCACCACCAAAGUGGGUGACGAAGGAAUCCAAUUCAUCUGAUUCCUAAACGUUUGCUGCAUGCUCUUGGAGUCUUGCUCUAUGCAUUUACCUGAAGGCCCGCAGUUUCCUGAUGAGGAUGUUAUGGUCUUUGAUGUGUAGUGUUGUCUGCUCAAUUUUAGUUUGUAUUACAGACCAUGGUAGCCAAUAAGGAGUGUGUUUAACAAAAUGGUAGCGUGCUGUGUGAUUAAUUUUCUAAGCAUGUAUGUGGAUUAUGUUGAAAUCGUGUGUAAUGUUUGUACUUCCUAAUUCUCAAUAAUAUUAUCUUUCUUACGUUUAUAUAUUA